AUGUCCACUAUGCAGCCUCGCACACGCUCUCGCGUGACCUCGACGAAAUCGACGACGAGGACGGGCCCUCUCGCGAGUUUUUCAAAUUCAGCGCAUGCAUAUGGAACCGGUCUUCCAGUCUUGUCCGUGCUGUUCACGAAUUUGAGACUGCUGGAUCUGGAUACUUUGCCGGACUGGCCAGAUGUUAGUCUCGAUACGUUUGCCGGGACAGGAGUGCAAUGGCAGAAGAGGAGGGUGCAUUGUGUUGAGUGGAUUUUGGUGAGGUUAUUCGAACUUUGGGAUGUGGAGGAAGCCUGUGCAAAAUUCAAACCCUUCUUUCCUCCUGCGGACCAAAUACAAUCCGUCAAUCUACGCUCCGCACUCCUCCGAGGCCUCGAAACCGCUAAAAAGAAUGGCGUGCUCGGCCGCGAUACUAUUAUUCGAAAGACCAUGCUCGACGACUGCAAAGGCGAACGGCUCGAAGAAGUUCUGGCCUACUUUUCUACGGCUGUUCUCAAGAAAGUCCUAGAGGAGAAUAUACAGGCGUCCGGUACACAUCCCCCAGUUGCUGUCAAUUUGGCAUUUGAAAAUAGAGGGUAUGAUGGCGACAAUGGCGAGUUGAAUGUCCUGAUACUGGCUUAUAAAACCUCACUAUGCCGGUUUCUGCAUCAGAAAAAUAAUACUAGGGACAUGUUUCGCGACUUUGAAGACCUGCUGGGCGUCAAAGAGAGGGGUGUUGUGCGAAGAAUGGAGGCAAUUCGGGCGAAGGAAGCUGACCCCAAUCGGGAUACGUUGUCCAACAAUGCGAGGGAGGAGAUGAGGCGUUUGGUUCGGAACAACUGGUCUGGAAAUGAGAAUUGGAUGCAGACUUUGAUUUAUGGUGAUUCUGAUGAUAAGGGGACUGGUUUACUGGCUAUGCCGUUUGAGAAGGUCUGGCGAGGAGUUCAACAGCAGCGCUUGGCGGAAUUUGAGGAGCAUUCAGGUGGAUUGUUGGAACAGCUGGAUAAGAGGGUGUGGGCUCAAAGAGAACGGCUAGCGAGGUGGGAUACGUUUCGAAAGGAGACGUUUGGCCAGUUUAUCCAAGGACCCGUAUCUCCAAUGAAGCAGCGAGCUGUCGAGAAGAGACCCGACAAGGGUAUUGACUUUAAAUUUUCUGCACAUACUGAGCUGCAAGUAGGAUGGAGCACCGAUAUUGGCAAGAACCCGACACUUGCGCCGGAAUAUGAAGAUUUGGUGGAGGGAUUACAAGGAGAGCUAUCUCGUAUCAAAGACGUGGAUUCCAACAUCCCUGACUUUGUACGCAGAAGGAACUCUGGACAGCGAUUCAGGGCGUCAUUUGGACACUCCUCAGAUGCCGCUGAGACUGUUUCCGAGAUCAGUGAACUGGAAGACGAGCCAUAUGAACGACUACCAGCAUCUUUUCCUGUUCGGACCAACCGCACGAAACUAGAAAGCCUGCGACGACACCCAGUUAAACCGCAAAUAAUACACUCCGAAGUCUUCAACCAGUCCACCUCGACGGCAAGCUCAGCUUCACCACCCCACGAAGGGUCUCCCCAAAACCAACAAAUCUCCCUGUCCCGAGUCGAAGACUUCGACGAGAUCGAACCACCCCCAUCACCAACCCAAACUAGAGCCGACCAUAUCCUCUCAUCUUUGGACAACGCAUCACCGUCUCCCACAACCCGUUUCAAGCAGCGGCCAACUCUGUCCCUUGCACAACGCACCCGUCUUUCCAUGGCAGGAAACCACUCUCCCUUUCUCGAAGAAGAAACCGAACUGCCGCUCCGACCACCAAUUAGCAACAAAUAUGGUCCCACCCCUCCCUCCGAACCAGAGUCUAAACCGGUGGAUAAUGAGCCCAUGGAUCUAGUUAGCAGGACGCGGCUUAGCAUGGCUGGCUUUGAAAAGGCGCAGAAGAAAGCCCAGCUUGAAAGGAGGAACAGCCUGCGGAAGAACAAGGUUUUGCCGAGAAAGGAGGGCAGCUGCUUCCCAAAGGUGGAGGAGGAGCAGGAGGAAAAAGGGAGGGCAGAGUUGACGGAGGAGUUGAUUCUAGAAGAGGAUGUGGAAGCGGUGUUCAAGUCGAGGCCGAGAAUCAAGGCUAGUCCAUUGGCGAGUCCGAGUAAGGAAUGGGAACAGGAAUGA